GUCCAAAGGCUUGGCGGCCCUAGUUCACCGACAUGUCCGAGGUCGCAUUCUUUCCCGGAGCAACCAGACGCCUUCACCUCCUCCGUCCUCGCGCAUCGUAUCCGUACUCUUUGGGACGAUUGCACGACUACCGAAGCUGAUGGAGACGCGAAGGAUGCCUCCUCCGCCCAGCAAGUCGCAUGUGAUGGCCCUCGUCAUGAGCGCGCCCAAAUGUUGGAGUCCUAGAUGAUGUCUUUUUCUCUCUUGACCCUUUCUUCUGAAUGAUCUCUUCCUUCAAUCACUCCUUGAAACUGGCAGCAGCAGAUCACUCAUCAUGGCGCCCAACAUCAUCUUCAUCAUGGCGGACGACCACGCGUCCAAGGCGAUCAGCGCCUACGGGGCGGGCAUCAACCACACGCCCAACAUUGACCGCCUGGCGGCCGAGGGCGUGCUGCUGAACCACUGCUACGUGACCAACUCGAUCUGCACGCCGUCGCGGGCGACGAUCCUGACGGGCACGCACAACCACGUCAACGGGGUCAAGACGCUCGACGACCACAUUGACACGCAUGGGCCCAACGUCGCCAAGCACCUGCGGCAGGGAGGCUACCGGACGGCCAUGGUGGGCAAGUGGCACAUGGGCGAGGGUCCCGCGCACGAGCCGUCCGGCUUCGACUACUGGAGCGUGCUGCCGGGCCAGGGCGACUACUGGGACCCGACGUUCCUCAACUCGGACGGCAACGACACGGUCGAGGAGGGCUACGUGACGGACAUAAUCACCGACAAGUGCCUGUCGUGGCUGGAGGCGACAAAGGACACGGGCAAGCCCUUCUUCCUCAUGUGCCACCACAAGGCGCCGCAUCGGUCGUGGGAGUGCGACGACAAGCACAAGGACCUGUACACGGCGCCGGUGCGCGUGCCGGAGACGUUCAGCGACGACUACAAGAACCGGGCCAAGGCGGCCAAGGUGGCCAAGAUGCGGGUGGCGGACGACUUAACGUAUCAGGACCUGGGGCUCGUGCAGCCGGACGGGGGCCGGCGCGUGGGCGAGCGGGUGCAGCAGGAAGCCGGGGACGCGCAGCGCAAGAUCCCCAACGACGCGCGGCGUCUGAUCGACAAGGACGACGGGACGGUCUUCACCUUUACGGACGCGGCGGCGCUGGCGGCGUUCAAGUUCCAGCGGUACAUGCAGCGGUAUCUGCGUGUGAUCCAGUCGGUGGACGACAACGUUGGACGGAUGCUGCGGUACCUGGACGCGGACGCGGAGCUGGCGCGCAACACGCUGGUCGUCUACACGUCGGACCAGGGCUUCUUCCUGGGCGAGCAUGGCUGGUUCGACAAGCGGUUCAUGUACGAGGAGAGCUUCCAGAUGCCGUUUGUGGCGCGGUACCCGGCGGGGAUUGCGGCGGGAGGCGUCUGCGACGCGAUUGUGCAAAACGUCGACUUUGCGCCGCUGUUCCUGGAGCUGGCGGGUCUGCGGCAGCCGAGCUACAUGCAGGGCCGGUCGUUCCUCUCGCUGCUCCGGGGCGAUGCAAGCCAGCAGCAACCUGAGGGCACGGUGGCGUACCACCGGUACUGGAUGCACAACGACGUGAUUCACAACGCGUACGCGCACUACGGGGUGCGCGACCAGCGGUACAAGCUCAUCUACUGGUACAACGAGGCGCUGGGGGUCAAGGGGGCGCGGCCGGGGGCCGAGGAGGAGAAGGAGUGGGAGCUGUUUGACUGCCAGGAGGAUCCGCUCGAGCUGUUCAACGUGUACGGGGAGGCGAGGUACGGGGAUGUCGUGCGGAGGAUGACGAGGGCCCUCGAGGAGAAGAUGGAGGAGAUUGGCGACGAGGCGGUGCACCUGCGGAUCGGGCCAUGCCGGCUGUGAGGUGAUUGAGUGUUCGAAUAUGAUGGCAAGGACUUGGCGGGCUGGUGAGGGGGGAAGAGUGAAGUCAGGAGAGGGUGAGGACUGAGGACUGAGGAGGUCGAUGGACGUGGAGCGUGAUGGACGGCGACCAAGUCCAAUCUAGGGUCUACGUACCCGGUAACGAGUACAUAGUACAGCAGUUAAAAUGUCCACGCACCAUGUUUCCAACGUCUUAAACCCCGAUAGGCACGGUCCUGGUCAAUUGAUC